AACAGACAAAGAAAACCACAACAUCUUUUUUUCUUGCAGUUAUGAUGCUUUUCCAGAGGCUAGAGAUGUGCAUAGAGCUCAUAAGACUGUCGGUAAGGUUUGUCAUCAUUGUAGCCGAAGCAGUUGGCGUGGUCAUCCAGCAGAACGGUCCUCCUCAGCUAACAUUUACAUACCCUGGUUAUGGAACUGCUACUCCUUUUGUAGGCUUUAUGCCAUAGUUUUUAUCGUCCACUGUAUAUUUCUUUCUGAGACAACAGUUUUUGUAUAUAGUGAGAAGUUGGCAGCUUUAACUACUACUUCUUCUUCUUCUUCUUCUUCUUCUUUGGCAAGAUGGAAUGUAGUUACAUGCUGAAUUGAUGUUUCAAAGAAAUAACCAUCUUUGAAAAUUUA